CGAGGGAAGUUUACCAAUUUUUAUUUGUUUAUUGGUUAUUUCGUGGUACGUGAGUCGCAUCAGAAUUCACAGUUCAAACGUGAAAAUCUUUGCCAAAACGCCUAUGUGGCCAAUAUGUACAUUAGGUGUUUAUUUAAUGGCCGCUUUAACGAUUAUUGGACACGUCAAGCGCCAUGGCUGGCGAAAUUGGAGAAAAGGUUAAGACCAUUUUGUUUUAAAUUGGUAUGAAAAUGGGUAAGUAAAUUGGUUUUAUUUUCAAGUACGGAGAAUGUAAGUAAAAGGGAAGGUUGACCAUAUAACUAUAUAUAAAAUCAAUAAGUUUUAAAGGCAACUCGUUUUGCACCCAGAAAGUCAGACUGUACAAGUGGUAUUUAGUAGAGACAAACAAUAAACAAAGCACCCAGCAACCAGGCAAGGAAACUCAACCGGAACUCACACAAAAUAUUCACUUUUUACCUUCAGGAGGUGGCAGACAUUUUUCAGUUCUUACAUAUCAAACGGAUUUAUAGAACAUAAAAAUAUAUUUUAUAUAAAACAGACAGGAUGACGCUCAAAAUCGGAAUAUGCACGAAACAGGAUCUCGACGAGGCGAUGAAGUUGCAAAAGCGGGAGCAGUACGAGGAGGAACGUAAACUGCGCAUCUUCAAUGCCAAGCAGCGGCUCUACGGGCUUGAUAUUGAAAUGCUGGAUCGCCAAAUUCUUGAGAAAAAGAAACAGCGAGCCGAGCAGAUAGACUGCGACAAGAAGUUCGAAGAGCAGGAACAGCUGCAAAAGCGCCUGAUAACCGCUCAGGAAAAGGAACUAGAGAAAAAGCAGCGUGUAGUGGAUUCGGAUCUAAACUAUUAUCGCUGUCGCUAUCAACGCAAGGAGCAGCGUCGCGAAUUCGAUCUGAACGAUCCGGAUUUCCUAAAGAAGGCACGUCCAACCCGAGUUGCCGACAAUGACAUCACGCUUGGCGUAUCUAGUGCACAGAUAUUCCAAGGCGAGGAUCUGUACAAUACUGAACGGAAGUUACGUCAGCGGGAACAGCAACGUGCCUGGCUAGAUCAGCAAGUGCAGGAACGAAAGAAGGCAGAGGAUGCUCGUAAGCUGGCCGAUAAUAUGCUGAUGGAUAAUGUCGGUUGUCGGGACAAACAUCUCCAGGAGAUGGCCAAGUCUGAUCAGCAGAUGCGAAACCAGGUGAUCCAUCGUGUGCGUCAGUUCAACAUUAACAUGGCCAAGCAGAAGCAACUAGAACGUGAACGGGAAAAACAAGAAAAACGCGACGAUGACAUGGCCGAAAUCUACAAUAUGCUUUCCAGCGAUAUGCUUACUGAAAAUCCGGAUGUGGCCCAAUCGCGUACCGAUCCGAACAAGAAGAUUGCCUUUAUGUACCGCGGAAUGACACCAGAAGAGCUUCGUAUAUUCCGUUUGGGACAGGAACAACAGCUUCGUUUGGCCACGCAGCGCAAGACAGAAGCUCAGAUGAUGGAUAAACAAUGGGAGCAAUAUGCCAUCAAUAUGGAUCGCACCCUGGUGCUCGGUCAGAUCGAGGACGAUCGCCGCCGCAAGGAGGAAUUCGAUGAACUUAUGCGUGCUAAUUCCAAGCUGGCCGUGGAACAAGAUCAGCAACGUAAGGAUGCUCUUGUGAGCUUGAGUAAUGCCGUUUCUGAUGAUUUCUACGAUCAGUUCAACAAGAACUCACGUUAGAUUCAUCAACUUCUUGUUCCCUAUUAAUCGGUUUGAAGAAUAAUGACCUCUAUGCGAUUGGGAAGCUGCCUUACAAGCUUCAAUGUGAAGCAAUUUUCCAAACGUAUUCAGUACAUUUCUUCGUUGGAAGUACUUACAGAUAAAUUCUAAUGUUUCAUGUUCAACGCACAAAAAUUCAAAUAAAUACAAAUUAUAAAAACGUA